GAAACAAUUCAUCAUGUCUGCUUCUUCACCACCGGCGCAGGGCCAGGCCAACUCUUCUCACCCGACGGAAAACCGCCAGCAAUCUGACAACGUCAUAGUGGCCUACUACGCCAAGAAGGUGACCGACGUGAAUUCUUUGGAGGAGAUCUCAGAGAAUAUGAACCAGCUUCCUCAGCUUGUGAGCGGCAUGCUGAGUGACGAUCCAAGCGUGCAGUUCGACUGCACGAUCAAAGUGCGCGAGAUUCUUUCCAAGGAGAAGAAGCCACCGCUCGAGGCGGUCGUCGCCAUCGAAAACGGUGCCGUGAUUCCCACUUUGGUCGCGUUCCUCGACCGCGCCGAGAACCCCAUCUUGCAGUUUGAGGCCUGCUGGGCUCUGACUAACAUUGCAGUUGGUGCCAGCGAGUUUGUAGACCGCAUAGUUCAGCAUGGCGCCAUUCCGCGUCUCGUGGCUCUGGUCAGCAACCGGGAUGCGAAUAUCGCCGAGCAAGCUGUCUGGGCGCUUGGCAACAUUGCUGCCGCUUCCCUACAGCUGCGCGACCUCGUCCUCAAGGCCGGAGUCGCGGCUCCCCUCUUCGCCCUCAUUCGCCAUAGUUGCCACAUGGGGGUGAUGCGCACCGCCGUCUGGGCCCUGUCCAACCUCUGCCGCAAAAAGCCUCCGCCACGCCUCGAGCUGCUUCCUGGCGUAGUCGAGCUCUUGCUGAUCCUGCUCUACGUUCGGGACGAGCAGACUCUGUCCGACACGUGCUACACGUUGUUCUUCCUGGCCGACUCUGUCAACCAGUUCCUGCGCACUGGCUUCGUCGAACGCGUCGUGCAGCUGCUUCUCUUUCAAAACUCUGCCGUUGUUCUGCCUGCCCUGCGCCUCAUUGGCCAGAUUUUGGCGGGUGACAACCAGGUCACGCAGCUUGUCCUUGACACCAACGUCCUCGUACAUCUCCCUGCUCUCCUGCAGGGCAAUCACGAAGACAUUCAGGCGUACGCGUGCUUGGCCAUCUCCAACAUUACUGCCGGCACUACCGAGCAAAUUGAGGCUGUUUUCGCUGCCAAUCUUGUUCCGCUCAUCCUCAACCUUCUACGCAAUGGCGCCCCCAACACGCGCAAGGAAGCCGCAUGGGCGCUAGCCAAUGCAUGCGCUGGCGGCUCCGCCACGCAACUUGACCAGCUCAUUGAAGCUGGUGUGUUUUUGCCGUUGUGCGACAUGCUCUCGUGCACGAGCGCCAACCUGGUUCGCACGAUUCUCAUUGCCGUCAACAGGAUGCUGUCCGUCCCCGCCGCCGCAGUCUCCCGUGACUUGCUGACUCAGUUGAAGGCGAACAACUACCACAUUGCCGUCACAGGAUUGACGCGUCAUUCCACAGACGGUGUCUCCGAGAUGGCCACUCAGCUGGCGCGUCUUCAUUUGAAGAACAACGACCCGGUCGAAUCUCCUGCUCCGCCCCAACCGCAAUAGCCUAGUAGCUUGGUGGUUCUACACAACGCGCUUCUUGUCGUCCUGGUGGUCCUGCGCUUUUGGUUUUGAUGCUCAGUGUUCAUUCUGUCUAUUAUAAGACGUUACCGGCC